GGAGAAGGGAGAUGGAGGGGGAGGGCAGAGAGGAGGAGCCCAGCUUCCAUUGCAGAGGAACACAGAGGAAAUCUGUAGUGUAAAUGCAGCCCAGCGUCCAGUUUGGCAGCAACUAGUGUGUAGAGAGUGAGACGCAUCAGGCAGCAUGGUCAGCCGUGUGGAGCAUCCUGCUGCAGGUUACAGAAGGCUCUUUGAGACAGUGGAGGAACUGACAGAACCCAUAACCGCAAAGAUCAGCGGUGUUUUGCCUGCGUGGCUCGGGGGCAGUCUGCUCAGGAUGGGUCCGGGUCUCUUCGAGGUGGGAGACGAACCUUUCUACCACAUGUUCGAUGGACAGGCUCUCCUGCACAAGUUCGACCUGAAGAACGGUCGGGCGACCUACUACAGGAAGUUUAUCAGGACGGAUGCAUAUGUUCGCGCUAUGACAGAGAAGAGGGUGGUCAUCACUGAGUUCGGCACCGCCGCGUACCCAGACCCCUGCAGGAACAUCUUCUCCAGAUUCUUUACUUACUUCAGGGGCAUUGAAGUGACUGAUAACUGUUUAGUGAACAUCUAUCCUAUCGGUGAAGACUUCUACGCUGUCACAGAAACCAACUACAUCACCAAGGUUGAUCCCGACUCACUGGAGACUUUAGAGAAGGUGGAUCUGUGUAAGUACCUGUCAGUGAACGGGGUGACUGCCCACCCCCACACUGACACUGACGGCACUAUGUAUAACAUCGGCAACUGUUUCGGCAAGAACAUGAGUCUGGCUUAUAACAUUGUCAAGAUCCCACCUGCUCAUAAAGACUCCCUCCAGAAAUCACAGGUUGUGGUUCAGCUGCCCAGCAGCGAGAGGCUGAAACCGUCCUAUGUGCACAGCUUCGGUUUGACAGAAAACUACUUUGUGUUUGUGGAGCAGCCGGUGAAGAUCAACCUGCUUAAAUUCUUGUCAUCGUGGAGCAUCAGAGGGGCCACGUACAUGGACUGCUUCGAAUCCAACGACAGUAUGGGGACACUGUUCCACCUGGCUACCAAAGAUCCAGCGGCGCACCUGAGCAGCCACAAGUUCAGAACCUCAGCCUUCAACCUCUUCCACCACAUCAACGCCUAUGAGGACGAGGGCUUCGUGGUGGUGGACCUGUGCACGUGGAAAGGCCACGACUUUGUGUAUAACUACCUGUAUCUGGCCACGCUGAAGGGGGAGUGGGAGGAGGUGAAGAGAGCAGCGAUGAGCGCUCCUCAGCCAGAGGUCAGGCGAUACGUGCUGCCGCUGGACAUGCACAGGGAGGACCAGGGGAAGAAUCUGGUUUCUCUGUCCUACACUACAGCAACUGCUGUUCUUCUGAGCGACGGCACCGUCUGGCUUGAACCUGAAGUGCUAUUUUCUGGGCCAAGACAAGCGUUUGAGUUUCCUCAGAUCAACUAUACUCAGUGUUGUGGGAGGAAGUACUCAUUUGCUUUCGGUCUUGGACUCAACCACUUCAUCCCUGACCGGAUAGUCAAGCUCAAUGUGCAGACCAAAGAGACGUGGGUGUGGCAGGAAGAGGAGUGUUACCCAUCAGAGCCGCUGUUUGUGCCGACACCUGGAUCCACAGAGGAGGACGAUGGUGUUCUCCUGAGCAUCGUGGUGAAGCCGGGCGCAGAGAGACCUAGCUUCCUACUGGUUCUGGAUGCUGUAGAACUCACGGAGGUGGCCAGAGUGGAGGUCAACACCAUCAUCCCUGUGACCCUCCAUGGCUCGUACAAACCGCGACCCUAAUCGAACCCAGUCCUAAAAACACCGGUCCUGAUCCCUCACCCUUUAGCUUCCACCAAAGCUCCUGCUGAGGCAGAACAAGUCAAACAGCCUAUUAGUACCAACUCACACCAGUUUGACCUCACAGGGUACAAUAUUUGUUUACAUCUGAUUUAAUAAAGGCUUUUGAUACA